ACAGGUUGCAUUUCCUUUCCUAGUAUUGUAGAACACCAAGAUCUAUCCAACACAGCAAUUGCUUAAAGAUUUACAAAGAGUUUUAACGCCAUGAGGGGACAAAACUACCAGCAAUUUGCUGGUUACUGUAGUAUCUUUCUUCUGAUUGAGUUUGCAGUUUUGAAUAAUGGACACAAUUCAUUUUCAACUGCAGAUUUCCAUGAACAAAACACAACAAAUGGCUUAAAGCAAAAUGAAAGGCAAGUGAUCACUAACAAGGAAUCUGAUUGCUUGGCAAACAUCUUAAAAGAGACCGAAGUUCAGCAAUGCAGGAAAUUAACGCUACUGGAAAACCAGCAGGUAACUUUGUGCAACUCCACAGAAGAGCAACAACUGUACCAGUUCUGGAAAUCUCAGCCUUUAGCAAGAAAUCUCUACACACUUCUAUCUGCAGUGCUUUAUUCUGUUAGUGACUGUCCUGGUAUGGCUGGCAAUCGACUGGAGGAAGCUGUGAAUGAGAUGGGCUGUGAGUUGGUGAGUGAAAUACUAAAGGAGGUUCGAUUUUUAUAUGAGGAAUUGCAUCUUGUUGGUGAUCUGGAAACGUAUUGCACUGUAUGGAGAAAACCUGCAGUUUUGUCUCAUACUACUGCAAUCAUAAGAGAACUCCUCAAUGGAACAUAUUCAACUUUCAUAACUGAAGAGGAACUGAAGAGCUCUUUAAGAAGAGAUGCUUUGAUUCAAAUUUGCAGUUUUAUCAAAAACUCACCAAGUUCAAGACCAAUGGACUCCUUUAUUCCUGAGCCAUCAAAACAACAGAAUUCUUUGCAAUACAUAACAGAUUCCAAUCAGGGUUGUUCUCAUGAAGAUGAAUAUUCACAGUGCAAAGUGAGUCUAAAACAAAGAGACACAAACAAUAAAAGUGGAGAAAUUGAGGAACUGGCAUUUUUCAAAAGACUUGACAUGAAAAUCCUAAAUUUAACAAGAAAUUCAGUAACGCAGUUCUAUUUUCUAAAAUCAACCACCAGUUGCAAACUUUUAUCAGGUGAUCUGAAUACCAGUCUACCUGUGCCUAAAGACUAUGAUGAAAACAAACUUGACAACUUUGUAUGGCACUGGGAAAACGAGAAAACAUUCAAAAAUAACAUUACCGGAACCAAGACAAGAUCAAAGCAAGGAGAAUGCGUCCGUGCUACAAGCUACAGAGAAAGUAUAAAGGAACUACAGCUCUGGUACUGGAGUAACAGACAGAUUAUUAACCUCAACUCAGGUUUUGCAUUAGAGUUGAUUGAAAUCCAAGACAAAAUGAAUUCGUAUCAUAUUAUUUCAACAUCUCCUAGAGAUUUGGAAGAUAGACUUGUGUUAAAUCAAUUGUGGACCAGAAAAUCCAACUUAAUCCAAUCUAUUAAGUACCCAGGACUGUUUCUAGAUGUUUAUAAGAAAAGUAAAGUACAUCUUUCUACUAUGCCUAAAGGUAACUGGUCAUUUGUUGAUUUUCAAGAUGAUAGUGUUGUGAAUUCUUGCAUAGAGUUUGAUCCCACUGUACCAUCUCUGUGUCCAUGCAAUAAUACAUUUGAGUAUAAAUCUAAUGAAAAUUACAUGCUCAAACAGUAUCAUCCUGAGGAGCAGUUAUGGUAUUGGCAAGCACAUCAUGUCAUCAUUGCUUACCACCAUCUGAUAGUCAGUGCUGCAAAGCAAACUAUAUAGUGCAAAUGCUAAAUUUAAAGGCUAUAUAAUAAUUGUGUCUGGUUUAUGCCCUGGACAUCUAAUAUUGUGUAUAUUUGUUGUGUUAUUUUUUAAUUAAUUAGUAUUUGUGUUUGGGUGGCAUGGUGGAAUAGUGGUUAGUGCUGCUGCCUCACAGCACCAGGGUCCUGGGUUCAUUUCUGGCCUCAGGGGUCUGUCUGUGUGGAGUUUGCAUGUUCACCCCUAUGUGUUCGCAUUGUGGGUUCUCCGGUUUCCUCCCACAGUCCAAAGACAUGCUGUUCAGGUUGAUUGGUCACUCUAAAUUGCCUUCUGUGUAGGUGUGUGUGUAGUGCCCUGCGAUGGACUGGUGUCCUGUCCAGGGUGUAGUCCUGCCUUGCACCCUGUGUCUGCCAGGUUAGGCACCGGCUCACCGCAACCCUCUAAAGGAUUAAGCGGUUAUUGAUGUUGGAUGGAUGGAUGUAUAAAAGUUCUUUGUUUGAUAUCAUUGACUUACAGUAUAUUAUAUUACAGUGCAAUUAAAAGUAUCCAAGUUAUAUUAAUAUUUAGUAUAUAACAAUAAAACCUUUGCAAGUAAAUCAUGUAACAAAUUGUUUGUGUUUGUUACGUUUUCAUAUGUUGUUACAACUGUUUAAGUAAGGUGUGUAUUAUUUGCUUUUAUUAUAUCUUUUGUACACUAUUAAAUUGCAGUCUAAAGUCUCUAUGAAACUAAAAUCCCUUAAAAUGUCCUCAUUUAGUCAUUAAUUUAUCCCUGAAAAUAAAAAUUACCCAUUCACUUAAAUUAAGGACAAAUUAAAAUGUGUCUCUUCAGACUUAAAACCCCUUCAUUUCAUUUCUC